AUGCAGCAUGUCGAGCAUAUGAAGACUGCGGUCCGUUUGGCCAGGUACGCACUCGAUCACGACGAAACGCCGGUAGCUUGCAUCUUCGUACAUACACCAACUGGACAACUAAUGGCCUACGGCAUGAACGAUACGAACAGGUCCUUGACUGGGGUGGCCCACGCUGAAUUCAUGGGAAUCGACCAAAUUAAGGGGAUGCUGGGGUCCCGCGGAGUCGUUGACGUGUUCAAAGACAUUACUCUGUACGUGACUGUAGAACCAUGUAUAAUGUGUGCGUCUGCCCUUAAGCAAUUGGGAAUUGGGAAAGUGGUGUUUGGUUGUGGUAACGAGAGGUUCGGCGGUAAUGGUACUGUCUUGCCGGUAAAUCAUGAUACGUGUACUCUUGCGCCUCGGGGGAAUGCUGCAACAGGCUACGAAAGUGUACCCGGGAUCUUGCGAAGAGAAGCCAUAAUGCUGCUGAGGUAUUUUUAUGUAAGACAAAAUCAAAGAGCUCCCAAGCCACGAUCGAAGAGUGAUAGAGUACUGGAUAAGAACACGUUUCCACCGAUGGAAUGGUCGAAGUAUAUUGACAAAGAGUCAUUCAUAGCAAAUUUUGGCGAAGACUACAAGGCGUAUUACGAAAAUGGGGCUGAUUUGCUUGGUGAUAAUGUAGAUUGGGACUUGAUUGAAUCUCAUCACGAUAAUAUUAUUGAGAAACUGGAUAGCCAGUGCGAAUCCUUCAAAUUAAAUGUGCACAAGAAAUCUAGAGUUUAA